CGGCCAGCGUUUUUACGGAGCGCAGCUUACGCCCGCUGGGAAGCCCUCUCCAGCGGAGCGAUAGGCAGCGCGCGAGCGUGCGUAAAAGCGCGCGGGCGUGUAUGGGUAUUCAAGAUGGCAGCCGUCAACACAAGCGCCGGCGCUGCUGCGUUGUCGACGGCGACCGCAGCUCAGGCCCGUUUAGAAGUCAAGAAAGCCCGGAGAUGUUUCACCGCUGAGGAAGACUUGUGCCUUUUGCGUGAGGUGGCAGCGACGAGACCGUUUGGGGAUGACCAUAAAUGGAUUGAAGUUGUGCGCAUCGUGAACCACGCGGUGGGCCGCCAACUUACGCUGCGCGGAGCAAAAGACCGCGUGGAUUUGCUAAUAGGAUACUGGCGACAGCAGGACGCCAAGAACCUUAAAAGGUCUGGUACAGAAGAACAAUACGCGGAGAAAGAACAAAUUCUUCAAGACCUCUCGGACUACGUGCGGACAAUAAAUUACGAGCCGAGGAUAACCCCAAGAAGUGGGGGCAUUAUGAAGAGAAAACGGCCCGCAACAGCCGAGUGUUCAGUUUCCGUGUCCCUGAUGGAUCCACGGGAAGGUGCUAUGUUGAUGCAGGAAGCGACCGGCUGCAGCAGUAAUCCGAGCGGGGCUGCCGACCGAAGUUGCGAAACUGAAUCAAGGCAUGAACCAGAAUCCCCGGCUGCUCACCUGCUCCUCACUAUGUACGAGCCGGAUUCUCCAGAGACCUCGCCUGCUGGAGCUGCUGCUACUAGUGGCGACCGUUCUGAGCAUCAUGUGCACAGACAAGUGCAUAGCCAGCACUCUGCAAAUGUCAGUCCAGAGCAGCAACCCAUCCCCGCCGGGGGAACACAGCCCCAGCCCACAAAUGGAACGGACCAAGGAGGAGAGCGCCAGCCUGCAGCUAGGCGACAAGUUCUUCCCGUCACCACUAGAGGAACCCGAGGGUUACAGAGCAUCGGCCUGCAGCUGUUAACUAUGCGAGAAAAACAUGACUACGAGUUACGCAUAAAAGCGCAUGAAAUUGAGAAACAAAAAAUUGAAAAUGAAGUGCGGCGUCUCGCUCUAGAGGAGCGCAGAUUGGACUUAGAGGAGAAAAAACAUGAGCUUGAAGUGAGACGGUAUGACAGAGAACAUGAGAAACUGCUUGAGAAGGUAGAGAUGAUGUUAAGCGAACAGACUAAAGCGAUUUUUGAUUUCUUGAGCGCAAAUCGCGCAUGACAUGAAUAGCCAGAAAACUGUCCUGGAAAGGUGUUGUACAUCUUGUGCUUCAAUAAAACACAUUUCAGAAA